AUGUCCUACUACUUCACGAUCCUCUCCCCGACGGACGUCCCCUUGUUCAACAUCGCCUUCGGCACAUCCAAGUCCGGGGGCGACGGGAUCGCUCGUUUCCGAUUCCCGGAUACAGCGCAGUACAUGAACCAGUUUAUUAUCCAUUCGAGUUUGGAUAUUGUUGAGGAGGCGCAGUGGAUGAAUGGGAAUAUGUACCUAAAACACAUCGACACCUACCCCCCCGCAUCAGCAUACAUCUCCGCCUUCUUGACUCCCUCCGGGGCAAGAUUCCUUCUUCUGCAUCAGCCGCCUCAAUUAGCUUCGAAUAGCGGUCAGGGGGCCGGUGGGAGUGGUUCGAUGGGCGGGUCGAUGUCCGGGUCGUUGUUGUUGGGGUCUGCGGGCGGGUCGUCGCGCGCGUCGGCGAGCUCGAUAGCUAAUAAUCCGACGUCGCCGCAGACGGAGGAGGCGGUGCGGCAAUUUAUGACGGAGGUGUAUGAGAAUUAUGUGAAGACGGUGAUGAGUCCGUUUUAUAGGCAGGGGAUGGAGAUUAAGAGUCCCGUGUUUAGGGGGAGGGUUACGGCUGCGGGGAGGAAGUGGUUAUAG